AUGUGCGUUGAACAUGAGGAUGAUCACUUGACUGAUCAUGCUUGGGUGGCAGCGAGACUCCGAGAAGACCUUGGCGAACACCACUUUGAGUUUCUCAAUGGAGACAUACCAAUACGAAUGGGCGAUGAUGAAACCACAGCAGGCGAAAACAUAGACGAUGAUCAAGACCGGUACGGCUAUUUGGGAGAGCCUUCCGACGUUCGCCAGUACCAAGAACUGCUCGACGGCCUUAUCGACGUGGUACAGAGUCAGGGACCCUUCGAUGGUAUCAUGGGGUUCUCUGAGGGCGGCAUCAUCGCUGCGACUCUGCUCGUCGAAGACUCUCGGCGGCCGUUUGCAAACUUUAAAUGCGGUAUCUUCUUCAGCGCAGCACCGCCGCUGGAUCCAGACGACCUCGCGGCCGGCAUCGUGAGGAGUCUGGAUCCCGCCAAGGACGCAGUCUCGAUAUUCAUUCCCACGGCACAUGUCUACUCGCACGAGAGCACGACUCGCACCGACGUGCAGUCGCCCCUGCAGAAAGUCUGGGCCGAAAUUGGGUGGAGCACGCCCGAGCAGGUGCAUAGUUCCCUUGCGCGUCUAUGUGACAACCGCCAGGUGUUCGUGCAUGAUCAGGGGCACCAAGUGCCUGGACAGAGGGACCAGCAGGCCUUACGAGGGACGCUUCGGGUAAUUGAUCGCACAAUCAAGACGGCAGAAGAUUGA